AUGAAGUUCAUCCUUGCCUCCACCCUCAUCGCCUCCGCCUCUGCUCUUUCCAUCUUUGGAAACAAGGCACCAGUUGCCGAGAGCCCUGCUUUCGCCAUUGACUCCAUCCCAGGAGCCAUUGAGCCAACUGGUCUUUUCGACCCUCUUGGUUUCGCCGCCAAGGCCGAUGAAGCCACCUUGAAGAGAUACCGUGAGGCCGAGCUUACCCACGGACGUGUUGCCAUGUUGGCCACCCUUGGUUUCCUCGUCGGAGAAGCCGUUGAGUCCAAGACUGUCUUGUUCAAUGGAGCAAUCUCUGGACCUGCCAUCACCCACUUGGCCCAAGUCAACCCUGUCUUCUGGAUCUUGCUAGGAGCCGGUAUCGCCAAGGCCGAGACCGAACGUGCCGAGAUUGGCUGGGUCGAACCCAAGGAUGUCCCCUUUGACAAGCCAGGAGUCCUUCGUGAGACUUACAUCCCAGGAAACCUUGGAUUCGAUCCUCUUGGCUUGAAGCCCGAGGACCAAGCCGAAUUCGUCGCCAUGCAAACCAAGGAGUUGCAAAACGGACGCCUUGCCAUGCUUGCCGCCGCCGGAUUCUUGGCCCAGGAACUUGUGGACGGUAAGGGAAUCCUUGAACAUUUCUCUGGCUAA